UUCUGCUCAGCAUUAGCCAAUCAGGAGCUGACUAUGGUCGUUCCUUUUAAUUCUUCUCAGUGAAAGAAUUUCGUCUAAAGCGGACAUAAAAAGGCAAAUAUUAGAGCGUAUGGCAGCAGGAUGUUUGUCGAUGUUUGUCCUAAACUGCAUGCAAACUGAAGAAGAGACAGAGCAAAGCUGUCGGUUCAUGUGGGAAGGGCUUUUUUUACCUGCCAGGUAGAAGAGGACAGGAGCGGGGAGGGCAGAGACCGUCCCGGAGAGGGGCAGGGAGAAAAGACGCGGGGCGAGAAAAGUCGACUUACCUGUAGCCCAACCUCUGGUAAACUCACUCUGCUACCUGCUCCGACUUGAAAGUCCAGUUUCACAAGGAAGAACCGUAGAGGAAGCAAAAAAUAUGUCACAGGAGACAGACAAUAAGCGUUUGGUGGUGGUUGUUCCUAACGAGAGCUCCUUCCCUGCCGUGCGGCGUGCUUACACCAGCGAGGAUGAGGCGUGGAGGUCGUACCUGGAGAACCCACUGACAGCCGCCACCAAGGCCAUGAUGAGCAUCAACGGGGACGAGGACAGCGCCAAUGCCCUGGGGCUGCUGUACGACUACUACAAGGUGCCAAAAGAAAAGAGAGUUUCGGCAAUUCCUAAAGUUGCUGAAAUUCCAGAAGACCUGGAGAAAAGGCCACUGUUGCCAAACAACCCCACCAGCCAAAAUGAGAUGGAAACAGUGGACAACCAUGUCCAGGUCCUGAAAUCUGUCCCAGUCAAUCUUUCUCUCAGCACCGAUCACCAGGAGCCCAAACGGGAGCAGCUGUGCAACUCAACGGGGGAGGCCCCAGCGGACGGAGCCCCCCCAGCCAUGACCAUAGUCAAAGCUGAAGUGUACGCCCCCGUCUUCAUGGCGGGACACGGGCACCACUACAGGGUGGAUGGAGAGGAGCGGGUGGUCUACGACCAGAGCCCGUACGAGGUGACCACUGUCAGCCACAGCUCAUACGUAAAAGAGAACCAGCAGAGUCCGCCUGACAGUCCAUAUGAGGAGGAGACAGACGGGAAGUACCACUCACCUUCCUCUCUCGCUACAGACGACUUCUUAUUUCAUCAGGAGGGAGUUGGCAGCUUUCAGUAUACGUUGGAUGCCACGCGCUCGCUGCGUCAGAAGCAGGCCGAGGGACCCAUGACUUACCUCAAUAAAGGCCAGUUUUACGCCGUGACGCUCAGCGAGCUCAGCGCAAACAAGCGCCUCCGUCACCCCAUCAGCAAAGUCCGGAGUGUAAUCAUGGUGGUGUUCAGCGAGGACAAGAACCGAGACGAGCAGCUUAAAUACUGGAAGUACUGGCACUCACGUCAGCACACGGCCAAACAGCGAGUCCUGGACAUCGCUGAUUACAAGGAGAGCUUCAACACAAUCAGGAAUAUCGAAGAAAUCGCCUACAAUGCCAUCUCCUUCACCUGGGACGUGAACGAAGAGGCCAAGAUCUUCAUCACCGUCAACUGUCUGAGCACAGACUUCUCCUCUCAGAAGGGGGUGAAGGGUCUUCCUCUCAUGAUCCAGAUUGACACGUACAGCUACAACAACCGCAGCAACAAGCCACUCCACAGGGCCUACUCGCAGAUCAAGGUCUUCUGUGACAAGGGAGCUGAGAGAAAAAUAAGGGAUGAAGAGAGGAAAUUACUGCGCAAGAAGUCAAAAGGUAAAGACGGAGGUGUCGGGGUGAUAACCAUUUCCAAAAAGUCAGACGUCACUUACUUCAAGACCAUAACCGACUUGGAGGCCCAGCCGGUCCUUUUCAUCCCUGACGUUCACUUUGGCAACCUGCAGAGGGCCGGACAGGUGUUUACCUUCAACACGGAAGAGAUUGACAGAGAAGGGAGCGUGCUGGUGAAGAGGAUGUUCAGGCCGUCUGAUGAAGACCUGUGCCCGUCACCACACAAACAGAUCCGGGAGGAAACAAACAAAAGAGUGCUGCUGUACGUCAGGAAGGAGACAGAUGAAGUGUUUGAUGCUCUGAUGCUGAAGUCUCCAACCCUCAGAGGACUGAUGGACGCUAUAUCAGAGAAGUACGGCGUGCCCACAGAGAGGAUAGCCAAAGUGUACAAGAAAAGUAAAAAAGGAAUCCUGGUGAACAUGGACGACAACAUCAUCGAGCACUACUCCAACGAAGACACUUUCAUCCUGAACAUCGAGAACUGCGCAGAUACCUGCAAGAUCAUUCUGACGGAGAUCUGACAGUUUGCCCUCAGAUCUCUGAGACUGCAGGAUAAACUGCGACCUUUGAUAAGUUGAUGGACUUUACUUCAUUGGAUGAAUUCACCUCUGAAGUUGCCGUUAACACCCCUGAUCCCUUUACUACACUUACCUCUGUGAAGCAAUUCAUCUUUCCUAUGCAGAAUGACCAAAAAAAAGGACAUUCUUGUGAACUGAAAGGUUGGACGGCAUACCCACAUACUUCUGUUUUACUGAAUAUUUUUACUGUAUAAACUCUUUGUAAAAAAUAAUUAUGUACAGAUGUGUGUUUUUGAAGUAGCUACAUAAAGACAUCUGAUGUGCUGUAUGUAGCUGCAGCUUUACUAAGUUGAUUCCAAGUAUAACUUAGCAGCUUAUUUGCAUGCCAAAUUUUGUUUUUGCUAUUGUUAGACGUGUCAUUAUUUAUUAAUUUUGUUUCGUUUUUCAUUACCACUUGAUCCAAGAAUUUUCAAGUAGAUUUAAAAGGAUUCUUUUCUCAAAAUCAUCAUACUUAAUGAGUUUUAAAAUUGCUUAAUGCCCUUAUCUUUCAGCCAUGUGGUAAUAACAAACUUUUUUUAGUAUGGUCUUCAUAAAAAAAUACUAAUUAAAUAUUUAAUUUGUGUAAAUGAAGCCCAGUUGUAACUUAAAUGUCAAGUACUCAGAUGUUUUGAAAAUAUAAUAAAAAAAAAGAUAAAAAAUAA